GAUCAUCUAUCUCCUGCGAAAACCCUAACUACUGAACCAUGGCGUCCUCGGAUUACUCGUCUCCCUACGGUCCUUCGUCAUCCCCAGAUGGUCAUUCGAGCCCCAUCCCGAACACCGACUCGUCGCCGCCGAUCCCUCCAAGCACCAACGGUGGCCGAAGGCGGCGCCGGAGAACGCCUACACCCAACCCUAAUUCCUACCAAACUCCCACACGCUCCUCCAUUCCACCCACCUCCCCCUUAUCCAAUCCUUUCAGCACCCCCCGCCGCCGCGGAACCCCAUCAACCCCGCUCUCCGCCUCUGACGCCGGCGAUGAGUUCUCCGAUCCCGCUGACCCAACCCCAGUCUUUGUCUGGGGUACCAACAUCAGUGUUCCGGAUGUCAACGCUGCCAUCCUCCGGUUUCUGCGUAAUUUUCGUGGCCCUCACGAUGAUCCUGACUCCUUGGAGCAGGGGAAGUACAUGAGAGCAAUCGACCGGAUUAUUCAGUCAGAGGCUGGAGAAUCGGUGGAUGUUGAUGCUCAUGAUGUGUUUGAUUAUGACCCGGACUUGUAUGCAAAGAUGGUGAGGUAUCCAUUGGAGGUGUUAGUAAUAUUCGAAUUGGUAUUGAUGGACAUGGUAGCCAGGCUUGAUCCUUCAUACCAGAAGCAUAUCCAGCCACGAAUAUUCAAUCUAAAAUCAUCUGUCUCCAUGAGAAAUCUCAAUCCUUCUGAUAUCGAGAAGAUGGUUUCAGUGAAAGGCAUGAUUAUUCGAUGUAGUUCUAUCAUUCCAGUGGUAAAGGAGGCAGUUUUCCGGUGCCUCAUUUGCGGAUACUACUCUGACCCUGUUCUUCUGGACAGAGGUCGAAUCAAUGAGCCAACCAGGUGUGGAAGGCAAGAAUGUCUUGCUCUCAACUCUAUGACAUUAGUCCAUAAUAGAUGCAGUUUUACAGAUAAACAGAUAGUAAAGUUACAGGAGACCCCAGAUGAGAUACCUGAGGGAGGGACUCCACACACAGUCAGUAUCAUAAUGCAUGGCAAACUAGUGGAUUCUGGAAAACCUGGCGAUAGAGUUGAGAUUACUGGCGUAUACAGGGCCAUGAGCGUUCGGGUAGGGCCAACACAAAGAACUGUCAAGUCAUUGUUUAAGACUUACAUCGAUUGCCUCCAUUUGAAGAAGACUGAUAAGUCACGGCUGCACAUUGAGGAUCCCAUGGAAUGUGAUGAUAACUCUUCUACCAAGAGAACUGCAAGUGAAGAUGAUUCCUUGGACUAUGAGGACAAGGUGGAGAAAUUGAAAGAACUUGCGAAGCAGCCAGAUAUUUAUGACCGGCUAACCAGAUCUCUAGCUCCAAACAUAUGGGAGCUGGAUGACGUGAAAAGGGGCCUUUUAUGCCAGCUUUUUGGUGGGAGUGCUGUGAAACUUCAGGUAGGUACUAGUUGCCGUGGGGACAUCAAUAUUUUGCUUGUUGGAGACCCUGGAACCAGCAAGUCUCAGCUUCUUCAGUACAUGCACAAGCUAUCUCCACGAGGCAUUUACACCAGCGGAAGAGGGAGCUCUGCAGUUGGCUUGACUGCUUAUGUCACCAAAGAUCCAGAGACUGGCGAAACAGUUCUGGAGAGUGGUGCACUUGUCCUGAGUGACAGAGGUGUUUGUUGUAUUGAUGAAUUUGACAAGAUGUCUGAGAAUGCAAGAAGCAUGUUGCAUGAGGUUAUGGAGCAACAAACGGUUUCAAUUGCAAAGGCUGGAAUUAUUGCAUCUUUGAAUGCAAGGACAUCAGUCCUUGCGUGUGCAAAUCCAAGUGGAUCCCGCUACAACCCUCGCCUUUCUGUUAUUGACAAUAUUCAUCUUCCUCCGACACUGCUAUCCAGGUUUGAUCUUAUCUACUUAAUUCUGGACAAGCCCGAUGAACAGACUGAUAGGCGUCUGGCUAAACAUAUUGUUGCACUUCACUUUGAAAAUCCAGAGAGCAUUGUACAUGAUGUUUUGGACCUUCCCACAUUAACUGCAUAUAUUAGCUAUGCAAGAAAGCAUAUUCAUCCUCAGUUAUCUGAAGAAGCAGCAGAAAAAUUGGUAUGUGGCUAUGUUGAAAUGCGGAAAAGAGGAAACUUCCCUGGAAGUGGUAAGAAGGUAAUAACAGCAACAGCUAGGCAAAUUGAGAGCUUGAUUCGUCUUAGUGAAGCACUUGCUCGCAUGCGCUUCUCAGAAUGGGUAAAUGGAAAGGAUGUUGAUGAGGCAUUCAGACUGCUUGAAGUUGCAAUGCAGCAGUCAGCAACUGACCAUGCUACUGGGACAAUUGACAUGGAUCUUAUAACUACCGGCAUAUCUGCGAGUGAAAGGAUGAGACGUGAAAAUUUACUUACAGCAACUCGUAAUCUUGUAAUGGACAAAAUGCAACUUGGGGGGCCUUCUACUCGUCUAACAGAGCUACUGGAAGAGCUGAGGAAGCAAAAUUCAUUUGAAGUUCAUCUUAACGAUCUGCGCAAUGCUCUUUCCACUCUCAUGAGUGAAGGGAUAGUCAGCCUUCACGGCGACAGUGUUAAGAGGAUAUAAAAAGGAUGAGGAGCUCUGAAUACUAAGUCAUCCUCUGAAUGCCAGGCACCCUCCGGGAUAGGAGCUAAAAGCCUGAAUUUUCCUGUUGGCAAAUCCAUAGUGUAUUUACAUUGUUAAUUUUUCUCUGACCAAAUGUGAUUGACAGGUAUGUAAACAAACAAUGGUUUUCAGAAACUACCAGGUUGAUUCUUUAAUAUAGUUUUCAAGCAUUUAACUUGAAGAACACUGUAGUAUUGCUUUAUCGAAACUUUCCAACUUGAUACAAAAAGUACACUCUUGAAGGACCACAUUUUUUUU